ACGGCAAACCAUUAUGGAUAUUCUCUUCCUUUUCAUUUCCCUCUCUCUAUUCUCUCUCCUUGCCUUGAGAUUUUUUCUUCAACUUCAUCGCCAAAACCUUCCCCCAACACCACUUUUCUCUCUUCCCAUUAUUGGUCAUCUCCAUCUUGUCAAACAUCCUAUCCAUAGAAUCCUUCACAAUCUCUCCAAAAAGUAUGGAGAUGUCUUCUCUCUCCGAUUCGGUUCACGACUCGUCGUAGUUGUAUCAUCCCCUUCUGUUGUCCAAGAAUGUCUUACAAAGAACGAUAUCAUUCUCGCAAAUCGACCCUUGUUGGGCACUGGAAAGCACUUGGCAUACAACCAUACCACCAUGGUUGUUGCCCCUUAUGGUGAACACUGGCGAAACCUUCGUCGAAUUAGCGCCCUCGAGCUUUUCUCGACGAAUCGACUAAAUCUAUUCUCGGGAAUUCGAGAAGACGAAGUUAAAGGGUUGAUGGUUCGAUUACGUGGGAGUUCGUUGGAAGAAUUCGCACUAGUAGAGCCAGAAAGUAUGUUUUUAGAUCUGAUGUACAAUGCUAUUAUAAGAAUGGUGGGUGGGAAGAAGCCUUGUGAAGAGGAUAAGGGAAAUUCGAGGGAAUUUAGAGAGGUGGUGACAAAGAUUAUGGAGGUUGGUGGGGCAACAAAUCCAGGAGACUUCAUACCAAUAUGGAAUUGGAUUGAUCCGUGUGGCUUGGAGAAGAAGAUCAAAAAGCUUGGAAAGACAAUGGAUGAACUUCUCCAAGACUUAGUUGAUGGGGUAAGAAAUGAGAAAGGUGAAGGGAAUGCUAUGAUUCAUCGUUUACUUCAUUUGCAGAAAACUGAGCCUGAGAAUUAUAGUGACCAGAUUAUCAAAGGCCUAAUACAGAUCAUAUUUAUAGCUGGGAUUGACACAACAGCCGUAACCUUAGAAUGGGCACUCUCUCAUCUACUAAAUAAUCCUAAUGUAUUGGAGAAAGCAAAAGUUGAGAUAGACAGUGCCAUUGGACAAGAGCGACUAAUAACUGAAGCCGAUUUGCCAAGUUUGAACUAUAUACAAGGAAUAAUUUCCGAAACACUUCGAUUGACCCCUGCAGCUCCUUUGCUUGUUCCCCAUUGCGCUUCCGAAGAUUGUAAAAUUGGAGCCUACGAUGUACCACGUGACACAAUGGUAUUGAUUAAUGCUUGGGCUAUUCAUAGAGAUCCCAAAUUAUGGGAGAAUGCCACAAAAUUUAAGCCUGAAAGACAUACAAAUCCUAUUGGAACUGACUCAUAUAAAUUUUUACCAUUUGGAUUGGGAAGGAGAGCCUGUCCUGGAAUAGGAAUAGCCCAACGGAUGGCUACCUUGACUUUGGCGACGAUGAUUCAAUGCUUUGAGUGGGAAAGAGAGGGCUCUUCAUUGGUUGAUAUGAGUGAAGGUGAAGGGAUCACUAUGCCCAAAGCUCGACGAUUGGUAGCCAAGUGCAAACCACGUCCAAUCAUGAAAGCUAUAUUUAGCUAAGGAGUUUGAUCACAAUAUCUCAAAAUGGACUUCUAUAAGAGUAGCAAAACAAUGCAAUAUAUGUGGGAUGAUAUAAUUCAAUUUUCAAAGACUUUUACUUGAUGUUCUGUAUUCACUACAAAAUGAAUUCAUAUUCUUUAUGUCAUUGUUAUUUAUAGUUA